AUGUUCUCAACUAAGCGAAAAUACACGAACGACGCGUGGCAAAAGCACAAUGCUCAAAAGGUUUGCGAGAAAAGUCGAGAUCAAUGUCUAAAAAGUUACAUUCCAGAAAAUCAAAGAGCUCAACGAGCACAUCGGAGGUUUCAAGAACUGGUCGAUGCUCAACGAUGAUUGCAAAAAAAAAGUGGUCGGGUAUUUGGAUUACAUGACGAGAAAAAGUCUGGAAGUGUGCUCGAGAAGCGAUUACGAAACCGUCAACAAAACUCCGCUCGAUCUGAAGUUCAUUUCGAUUCGAAAUCAGCAGGGGGUGGAAAAUGUGAGUUAGUGUAGAAUCAUCAGCCCAUUCAUUUCAUUUUCUUCCAGCACAUUUCGGUUUGUAUGCGAGAAAACGGCGGUGAGCUCUCGGAGAUCAACUUCUGUUCGAAUAAAAAAGGCACCGAAAUCAAGUGGAUAAAAAAGAGAGCCGAUGGGAAAAGAGAGCUGAGAGCUAGAGUUGUGAAGGGAAAAAACUUUGAGAAGGAAGCGGUGAGACUUGUGGAAAAACUGAUGAGAGAGUGCAAGUACAAAGUGGAAGAGUUCGGAAUGAAUUUGGUAAGCGUCAAUUGAAAUUGUAGAUUUAUAAUAAGAGGUUUGAGACGAACUACCCGAUUGCAAAGAGUGAAAUUGAAUGGCUUCCGAAGUGCCGAAAAGUUUUCCUCACUUUCCAAUCGGACGAAGUGCUCCGCUCGUGGCUCAGGAAAAUGCCGAAGCAGCUGGAAGAGCUGAGAAUCGACAUUCCGGAGAGGUGCUCAGUGAAGAUCCCGCACCGAUUCCUGAAUAUUACACAAGUCUCGAAUGCGAAGUCGUUGAUCGUUCCGUGGUAUCCGUUCGCUGACAAACAUCUGCAGUCCUUCAAUAUCAAAGAGUUGACUAUAGAGUCCUCGGGCAUCACUGACGAGGGCAUCAAUUCGUUUCUGAAGGUUCGUGGAGCUACCUAAAAGUGAUCUUUACGGUUCCGAUUUCAGUUGUGGGCGAACUCAAAGCAGAGUGAUUUCAAGGAUCUGGAGCUGUAUUUUAACCGUUACAUGGAUAAAAACAAAGUGCUCGCAGAACUCAACGCCCGUCCGUGGACCAACGAUUUCGAGGAGCAAGAGUAAGUCUCACUGAUAUUAUAGGGGCACCGCACAGAAAUGGCGCUCUGUUGAGAAACUCUUUUUGCAGUGCAAAUUGAGCGACCUCGGGGCCGAGUUUGAAAAGUUAGGCCACGUUUUCAGUGGAAAAUUACUUCGCGGCCUAGAAAUUCUGCCAGAUUGCGAACAGCGCGCCCUUUCUGUCCGGUGCCCCUAUAAUAGAUUCACAUUAGAACUGUUCGUUUCUUACAGACCAACGUUCUGUGAACGCUUCCGUACACAAAAUGCGUCCCGCGGCACUUUCUAUCAGCUGAGGAACUGGAUAAAUGCACUCAACUCCCUCACGAUUUUGCUCGAUGACGACUACGUUCGAAUCUACGCGUCUGGAAGGGCUUCGGUGGAGAAUGAGAUCAAAACCACCAAGUACUAUUGUCCGUUUGACAAAUCCUGA